CGGGAGUUUGGACCAACUGAGACUCCGUACUGAAGAGAGCGAGAUGAACCUGCUACAGUCUCCUUUUUGCUUCAUAUCAACACCAAACCUAACGGAUUGACUGAAUUAUGAAGAUAGAAGAUUUACUGCACUAUAUUUGGCAUAUUGCCCUCCGUAAAUGAUCAAACAAAAUGAGGCAUUCAUAUCUGCCAUGUCUUUUAUAUGGCAAAACGUUUUUAACAGUAUCUGCACGAAAAAUGAAAUGACCGAUUUUAUCAUCAGAAAUAAAACGGGAUCCAUGCUUUAUUACGUGCAUUUUUUGUGAGGGAUUUUUGUAAUUUUAGUUUUUUUUAAUGACAUUUACAGAUGUCAUAUAAAAGCUUGGUGCAACAAAAAGGAAAUGCAUUCAUAGAAGAGAGGAGGAUUGCUUGCCACCUCAAGGUGAUAGUGGGAGCCAGUGUGCAGCAGUCCAGGCCCAGGGGAGGGACCGACCGAGUGAAUGCCCCAGGCUGUGCAGCGGGGGCGACAGGCUCGACCAUGACUCGGCUGAUGCUGGGCCGGACCCUGGAGCGCAUCUGCAAGGCUGUCCUGCUGCUCUGCCUGGUGCACUUCGUCAUCAUGAUGAUCCUCUACUUCGACGUCUACAGCCAGCGCUUCGACCAGAUCUUCAGCCGCUUCAACAAUGGCCGCAACGCCAGCCGCAACGGACACCACUACUACUACAACCUCAGCCGGCCCAACGCCACCUACGCCAGCUACCUGGCCACCGCAGACCAGCUGCUGCCCACCAUACGACCCGAGGGAAACCACACACCGCCGACUACCAAGCCUAUACCACCUUGCCCGGAGAUACCCCCUGGUCUAGUGGGCCGCCUCCUCAUCGAGUUUGCCUCCCAGAUGACGAUGGAACGGGUGCAGAAGGAGAACCCCAACGUGACGGAGGGGGGCAAGUACACCCCACCGGACUGCCGCGCCAAACAGAAGGUGGCUAUCAUUAUCCCGUUCAGACACAGAGACAACCACCUCAAGUACUGGCUGCACUACCUACAUCCCAUCCUACGACGGCAGAAGAUCGACUACGGCAUCUAUAUCAUAACCCAGCUUGGUGAGGAAACCUUCAACAGAGCCAAGCUCCUGAACGUGGGCUACACUGAGGCCCUGAAGGAUGCAGAGUAUGACUGCUUCAUCUUCAGCGACGUGGACCUCAUCCCUAUGGACGACCGUAACCUCUACCACUGUUACGACCAGCCACGACACUUUGCCAUCGCUAUGGACAAGUUUGGCUUUAGGCUUCCUUACGCGGGGUACUUUGGCGGGGUUUCUGGGCUGAGCAAAAAACAGUUUCUCAAGAUCAAUGGCUUCCCCAACGAGUACUGGGGCUGGGGAGGAGAGGAUGACGAUAUCUAUAACAGGAUCACCCUCAACGGGAUGAAGGUGGUUCGACCGGACGUCCGGAUCGGCCGCUACAGGAUGAUCAAACACGAAAGAGACAAGCACAAUGAACCCAACCCACAAAGAUUCAAUAAGAUCCAGAACACCAAGAACACUAUGAAGAGAGAUGGGAUCAGCACGUUAACGUACCGUGUGCUCCAGUUUAAGAAGUACCCUCUCUACACCAACAUCUCUGUGGAGAUCGGCAAGCCCCCGCCCCGGCCUUUCAGGGGAUAGAGAGAUAGAGAGACCCGGCCUGGACAUGGAGAGGGAGGGAGAUGGGGCAGAGAACGAUAAUGCACAGUAGAGAGCCUCCAUCUCUGCCUCCACCUCCCUCAGCCCGACGCAGACCCAGAUACCCCCCACUGACCUGGGCUAGGAGCCCGCCCAGAUCCCUCACAGCCCACUCUGAGUGGAGAUACAUACCUGUUGCAGUCCAACACUGCUCACAGCUCAAUGGUUACGGCAGGCCUCCAACCUGGGACGCUGACCAGCUGACUCUGGGGGGACUAACUCUCAGGAAUAGAUGAAGAGGGGGGAUGUAUUAGAUCAGAUUCAUUCUCCUGGCUGGAGCCACAGUGCUGUUCUGGAAAUGUGCAUACUGUACAUGAAACACACAGCAACAGGGAUGAGGAUGUCCAGGGUUCAAGGGGAGUCAUAUCGACAUUGGAUUGUUGACACGCUGGGGGUUGGGUUUGGGAUUCAGAGUUAUUGGAGCAGAACCAAGAAGAGCAGCCCUGAUCUCUCUGUGAGAAUCUAUCUGUCAAUCAGAACAUACUAUAUUGGCGCAAAAUGAAUGUGUACUGUCUGUGCCUGCAUCUAACGCAGGCUUUCUCCAUUUCCCAUGUCUCUGCCAUUGACAAAUGGUUCUGGAGCAGAGCGACAUUGUGCACCAACUCCGGUCUCUCUUUGGUCUCUUUUUUUUUGUGACAAAGAAUUGUUACUAUCUGUGGAUGGAAACAAGUUUGAGAGACAUAUAGUGAAUAAAGACCUCCUAGUAGUGGAUGGGUAUGACUAUCUAAGGACCUGGUUUGGACCUGUUUGUGGAGAAGAGAGGUCCAGUAAAUAGAACAGAAGAUGAACUUCUGGCAGGGUUCUAACUGGUGAUCAUCAGACGUGUUCGGACGUAUUCUCACUCACAAAGGUUACAGUAGAUAGUGAUGGGAGGUUAAACCUUUGCUGUUUAACAAUGGAUACCGGCAGUUUUAGAAGAGGAUCAUCUCUUGCUCAAAAUACAAGACUCUUUACUCAAUUUUUUAGUUUUAGUUUCGAAAUUAAUAAAAUGAUAAGGCAUUGAUAACCUAGUAGUGGAAAUUGUGAAUGAUGUUGAUAGAGAGUCUAGUAUGGUGAAUAUUUGCAUUGUAGCAUUCAUUCCAUCCAUUCAAAGGCAGAAGCACACUGCACUGAGGUGAUAAGGACACAACGGAAGUUAGUUAUUUCCUCAGGGUGGAUUCCCCGAGAAUAAAUGGAAAACUAGCCCACAUACAGUAAGAACAAAUCUAAUAUCGUAUUACUAUUAACACCUCCAGUGUAUGAAAGCCUUUUAACGUCUUAAGUAAGUAAGCUUUCUCUUCUCUCACUCUCUUCUCCUUUUUUUGUACUGCCUAAACACCAAACUGAUGCCUUCAGAAUUUUUAUGAGGGGCAAUGAUAAGGAAUGCUGCAUUUUGGGAUUUUUUUUAAUGACAUUCCUGUUGUGUGAAGUGACGGGGAAAUCUUUUUGUAUUAUCAAUGGUUUUCUUGGCCAGGCUUGAGGCAGUGAGUAUCUAGAGAUGCCCCAACCAACCAGUUUCCCCUCUGUUUAUUUUUAAGAGUCUUUUAAAGAUAGAGUGCAUUUCCCUUUUUUCUCUCGACAACACCCUCCACUGCCUUUUAUUCCUCUCUCUGGCAAGGCCAUAUCUCUCUCUUUGUGCCGUGUGUGUCUGUGAACACCACAAUGUUUUUCUGUACUUGGCCAUCUGAUGAAUACACAGACAGCUGUAUCUGAAGCACACAGCUCCUCUAUAGAAAUAUCAGCAGUAUUUCAACAAUCCUCUCUCUCUCUCUCUCUUCUCUCCUUUCUCUCUCAUUCUGCUUUUUCAUUUUUCAGUUUGUUACUACUGGUGUGAGUUGCUGCGCCCUUGGAAAAGAGAGCACCUCGCAAAGUGAAUGCUCUACUCCCCAUUCAACACCGGAGACUGAUGUCCUUUUACACUACUCUAUUUAAAUGUAACUGUCAAAUGGAUGUACUGUGUAUGCACUGCUCUCUGAUGACUGUGGACCACAGGACUUAGAAUUUCACAUAUUCCUGCCUAUGGUCCCAGUAUAGUAUGAUUCAUCAGGCUGCCAAGCUUCUGCUUUUAUGUUCAAUGCUGAGGGAAUAAUUUUCCAAAAGGCUAAAUAUACUACUUGGAACUUUGGGAAGGAGCUUUUACAUAUAGCUAGCAUCCUCAUUACCUAAAAUCUGUUUAACAGAACGAGCUCACUACUGAUGCAGCACACAACCCCCAAAAAAAACUUGGUACUGAAGUUGUAUUCACUGGUUUCAUUAAAUUAAAUCAUUUGACUUUUUUUUAUCAUAACUCCAGUCCAAGAAAUGGUUGGAUAUUUGGUUUACUAUAUGGUAGACCACAGGAUGGGAUUUCUGUACAUAUCAGACUUGUAGACUCACUCAACAGCUCGUAGCGAUCAUUACAGGUGCAUGGACAGGCAUUAUAAUGUAAUUUGUGUUGUGAACAGAGGAAAACGUAUAAUAGAACUCAGUCUGUUCUGUUGACUUGAUAUCUAUACGGAGAUCAUGAACCAAGUAGGCUAUAACAGGAAUAAUACAUCCUAUUGGUUCUAUUGUAUCAAUCUAAUCAUGAAUCAUAUUGGUAUAUCCAUGAUAUUAUCUUGUUUGGCCUAUAGGCUGUAUUCUGCCCCACUACCCCACACAUAGUGACUGUGGUAUAACAUUGUAGGUACUGUAUAAUAUAGAUUUGAUAUGAUGCGUAUUGACAGGGGGACCUUUCAGCAUAAGCUUAGAGACAUCCUUCCCAGGACUGUUUCUCUCUUUCACAACUCGCCAGCUAUGAAUCAGUGAUAAAGCAUCACUCCUCGUCUGCGUCCCAAAUGGCACCCCAUUCCCCACAUAGUGCACUAUGGGGCCCCUAUGGGCCCUGGUCAAAAGUAGUGCACUAUGUAGGCAAUAGGGAAUCAUUUUGGCUGCAUCCCUCUGCUCCCACCCUCCCCGCAGUCAACUAUUAUUAUCUUCAGUUUGUCCUGCUAAUUGUCAGUUUGUCAGUUUGUCCUGCUAAUAAUUGCUGGGAAUCAGCUUGUUUCGUUGACCAUGUUUUUGAUGCAGCCUUGAGUAGGAAAAGCUGACAGAUGGAAUGCUAAUGUACUAUCCACCCUUUGGAGUGUGUCUGAAGUUCUCUCUUCAUCCAUCUCCUGUUGGCAGACAUUGCACAGCUUCCUCCUUCUUAUAUGUUUGAACCUAAUGCUCAUUGAGCAAUCUUUUCCCUAAUUGUCAGAGCCGUCGUUUAAAGGAAGUGGUGGGUAACUGAAACAGGAACAAGAUAGGAUGAGGGCAUUGGAGAACAACAUCAACUACUGACUGCCUCAGGUCUUCAAGCCUGAGUGCAUUUUUAAAGAUUUACUGUAUCUAUCUAGGUUUUGUACAUUGAAUGUUGAAAAUAUUAUAUCUUAUAUAGAAUGCAUAAUGUCAUAUCAAACCUACUUUUUCUAUACAAUCAAUAAAUCUGAUGGUAAAUGAGA